GGAAAGGCCAGGUGCGCGCGCGCGCCACGUUGCGCAUUUUUUCUCUAUCCGCGGACGCGUGUGGUCGCCGACCUGCAAUCCAACAGCAGAAACACCUCGUAUGUCGCAUGCGAGGUAACCUCUUUUCUCUCCUCUCCACAUCCUCCCAGCAGCUUGGCAGCGUGCAGCUAAACAUCUGUUCAACUUUUGUGUUUAAACCAGCUGGAGGCGCAAAGUCCGGCCUCACUGAGAGGAUCAGUAACCUCUUUUCUCUCCUCUCCACAUCCUCCCAGCAGCUUGGCAGCGUGCAGCUAAACAUCUGUUCAACUUUUGUGUUUAAACCAGCUGGAGGCGCAAAGUCCGGCCUCACUGAGAGGAUCAGCUGGGAUAAACAUUGAGCAGUUGUUUGCAUGGCUA